AUGGCGGAGCGCAGCUUUGCCCAGCAGGACGACCUGCGCACACAGGACCAGCUGCUCGAUCAGCUUCACGCCUCCGUGAUGAACACGAGGCACUAUGCAAUACAGAUCGGCGACGACCUCGGCGAGCAGGACGACAUGCUGAACCGUCUGCACAACAACGUGACCCACACAGCAGAUGAGAGUCGGCGGCAGAAUCAGAACGUCGUUCAGCUGCUCACGGAAAGCGAGAGUCGAGGUUUCUACGCUGUCGUGCUGCUCCUAGUCGUCCUUAUCGUGCUGCUGCUGGCCAUUUGA